GGAGCCGGGGCUCGGGCUGGCUUCAGGAGCCUGCGCUUCUUCUUCCUGAUGCAGCCAAGGGCCUUCCAGUAGGUGAGCAGCACCCGCCGGGGGUGGAGGGUGGGGGCGGGGGCCAGCUGGGUACCCCGGCUCCAACCCCACAGCCGCGGCGCGCGGGCCCCGGGUGCCCUGCGCAGAGCGCGCGCCCGGGUACACCCGCGGCGCUGCAGGUCGGGGGCUCUGACUCCUCCUCCCACCUGCCCCUGCCUCGGGCCGGGGGGCGUGGGAAGAAGCCGCCUUUGAGGUUGCCCCAAGAGGGGGCCUCAGGGCGCACCCCCCGCACCUCCGCUUCCCUCCUGAGCCCAGUCUGGUUGGUUGCAGGAGAUGUCCUUGCCCCCUUUCCUUGGGGAGGCGUGGGGGGACCCCUUACCUCCUUCCUGGGGCGUCCAGAUAUGACGCUAAUGCUCAGGUUCGAGCUCUUACCUCUGCCUCAGUGGCUGCGUUUUCCUCCUGGACUCUGCUGCGUUUCCAAUCUGAGAAUCGAUUUUGAACAGCGGUAGCUGCAGGUGAUCGCUUUCUUAUAUUCCAUGAAAGAUCUCACUGAGGCCAAUAUAUGCAAAGGAUAUUUAAAAAUGAUGACUAAUAUAGUUAUCCUGAGCCUGAUUCUUUUCAUUUCUUUAUCUUUCUGGAUUAUGUCCAUGACUGCAAGCACCUAUUAUGGUUCCUUGCACCCUAUUUCUCCGUGGCGCUGGCUGUUUUCUGUGAUAGUUCCUGUUUUGAUUGCAUUUAAUGGCUUAAAAAAGAAGAGUCUGGACCACAGUGGUGCCUUGGGAGGUGUAGUAGUUGGAUUUAUCUUGACCAUCGCAAAUCUGAGCUUUUUUACUUCUUUGAUGACAUUUUUCAUUUCUUCCUCAAAACUCACCAAGUGGAAAGAAGAAGAAAAGAAGCGUGUAGAUCCUGAAUAUAAAGAAGGGGGACAGAGAAAUUGGAUUCAGGUUUUCUGUAAUGGAGCUGUACCUACAGAGCUGGCAUUGCUCUACAUGAUAGAAAAUGGGCCAGGUGAAAUUUGCAUUGAUUUCUCCAGACAAUACACCGCUUCCUGGAUGUGUUUGUCUCUCUUGGCUUCCUUGGCCUCCUCUGCAGGAGAUACAUGGGCUUCAGAAAUUGGCUCUGUUGCAAGUACUACCCAGCCACGGCUGAUAACAACCUGGCAAAGAGUUCCAAUUGGUACCAAUGGAGGGGUCACUGCAGUAGGCUUUCUCUCCAGCUUUCUCGGUGGGUCCUUGGUGGGCAUGGCCUUCUUCUUCACGCAGCUGAUUUUUGUGAAUGAUUUGGAAUCUUCUGCUCCCCAAUGGCCAGUUGUUGCAUUUGCAGGAAUGGCUGGCUUAUUGGGAUCGGUUAUUGACUCAUACUUAGGAGCGACAAUGCAGUACUCUGGUUGGGAUGAAAGUACCCGCUCCGUUGUCAGUCAGCCAACUGGUGAGACAAAAUACAUAUCGGGGAAGCCAAUUCUUGAUAACAAUGCUGUGAACCUGUUUUCUUCCAUACUCAUCGCUCUCUUGCUUCCUAGUGCAGCAUGGGCUCUCUGGCCCAUAGAAUGAACUGUUGUCGAUUUCCAUUGUUUGGAGACCAAGAUUGAGUCUAAAUUGAACUUUGUAAUUCCAAGAUUUAACCUCAAAACAAUCAUUUGACCCAUUCCACUUGUAGGGAUUUAAUUGAUUUUGCAUUUUAUCUUCCCAUAAUCAUAAGCUUCAUGCAACAACUGGAAACAUUCCAGGAAAGAAAAUUCAACAGGAAAAAAGCAAAAAACAAGCAUAUCUUCCAGGACCUGAGCAUGCAGCUUUCAAAUUGAAUGGAGCUGUUAGAGCAAAAAGAGAAGUCUUUUCUAUUGGCUUCUGGAGCUGAAAACAUACUCCUUCUGUGGCAUCCUUGGAAUUUGGUCAACAUAGAAUGGGGAACCAGAAAUUGCAUGAAGAAGUCUAACCUGACUCUCAUACCAAAACACUGCUCUGUCUGCUACUGGCUUACUAUAUCCAUUUGCAGUAAUUUAAACAAGUGUGUGUUUGGAAACAUAAACAAUUUUUGGAACUCUGGACUUUCUCAUGGUUAUCAUCAAUCAAACACAAAUAGUUGUCCUAAGUUUAAAUGUCAUUUUUAGGUCCUAGUAAGCUGUACCCAUGUAAGAGCAUUCUUAUUCCUCCCUGUUUAAUUAGUGGGAAAAGUUUAACAAAAUAGGUAGUUAUACUUGUUCUUAUGUCUAUUAGAAUGUGAGGAAAAAACCAAACUUGACUCAUAAGAAAAAAAACCCGUAUGUCUUGCAUGUGUUUUAAUGUAAAUCACAUGUGCCCUACUGGCUUUUUUUUUUAAGUUGCUGUGUAGAAAUUAAUUUAUUAAUUUCAGUAGAUUGUUUCUGAAAAAGUCUUUCAUAAUAGACCUUUUUUCAAAAUAUCUGUAAAUUAAUAUAAGAUUCCAACUUACAGUUUCCAUUUGAGGUGUUAAUGCUUAAUUGCAGUGGUACUGCUGGGGCCAUGCUGCCUCCUAACAAUUUUCGGAUGAUCUGUGAGGGACUCAUUGGAAGGUACAGCGUUUUUGGAUUUUUUUGUCAUAGAAACCUACUAUGUAAUUUCCUUUACAUCACCUUCUCAAGGUUGCUUCUCCACUUGUCACUUUUAUUUAAAAAUUUUAUUUAAUAAGUCUACUUGCUUCUUUAUUUUUCUACUCAUCCCCUAAUUUUUGUAGACUUCUGUUAUAACCAACAUAUAUCUUCCAAGUCUUACUAAAUCUGCAAUGUUCCAUACUCAUAGCAAAGUGAGGAGGAGGGAAGUGCAUUUUCUCACUACUGGGAAAUGAUGUCACAAGGGAAGAAGAGGCCCUCAAUGGAUGGAUGAGGCAAUAUUCUCCAGUUGAAAAGGUGGUGAGAA